AUGCCGAGUCCACUGUUUGCACGUCAUAGACGGGGUGACGCAACGGCCACGCCUACCACACCUCCGAACUCUAAAAGAGCUGGGAAGAAACGAAAGCUACGCCAGUCCAAACCCAACAAGGAAGACGAGGCUGGUCGAAUUCCUGGUUCUGUGGGUCUAUUGCAGGAGCCAGAUUUGCCAGAGGCUCAUAUGUCAUCGGUCGAUUAUGAAUCAGGGGAAGGUAGGGUCUUGUCGCAAGAUGUCCGCGAGUUUAUACAGCAUGAUGUUAAAGAGGCUCGACUGCACCGCUCUCCCUCUCCGAAUAUUGAAGAUGAUUACCCUAGUGACGCAACAGAGACACCGGAGAGGGUCCGGACCCGCAGAGCAUGGCGAAAGCAAGAAUGUGACACGAAUCGUUCGCGUACUGCACCAGCGUCGUUGCAAGCGUCCUCGGAAGGUCGACAAGGAACAACCGACGAUUCUAUCUCUGGUCAUCACCUUAAUAAUCCAAAGUUACGUCGAACGCACACGACGACUGAAGUCCCACUAGACGCCCUGGAGAAAUUACACGCUCAUCUAUCGACUGACGCUGACGAGAUGAAGACACAAGACCUUGCACAUGCAACUAAGCUGACUUACAAUGUAUUGGGAAUAUUGAAUGAGAAGAUGUCAGAGAAAUUAGAGAGUCGGAAAUAA